AUGUCAAAGUUACUCCUUGUCUGUUCACCAAUCUUGUUGUUGUUGUUGCUUGCUGCAUGCACAACACAUGGUUUUGAUGUACCUUUCAACGUUACAGUUGGAUAUCCCUUCACAUGGAACACACAAUCUUUCACCAAGGUCAUGUUCACCUUCAUGACAGCUAACUCUUCAGGUGUAGCUGUUUAUCAAGAUUUGUCAGAUUCCAAUGAAUUUGAUCACUAUUCAGUUCCAACCAUGUUGAAAGAUUACUCCAUGUACGGUGUUUUCCAGAUUGACAUGCAAAAGGUCGUUAUUCCCUCUGAAUCAUCACAAUUUUCAUUCAAACAUGACUUCACUUUUGGAAUUUUGAAUGUCAAUCCAAAAGACUUGUGUAUUGUUCAGAUGGAUUUGAAAAACAAGAAGAUCAAACAAGUUGAUUUUCAAUACGGCUCGUUUUACAAUGAAAUAAUUCUUCCUUUACAACCAACAGUUUACACAUUUGGCAUCAUGGGUUGGGAACAUGCCAUUUCAGCACAGUUUGGUGUUCCUACUUUGAUUAAUUAUAGAGCUUCUCUCAAAUAUGAACUCCACAAGAAUCUGAAUCAAUAUUUGAGCGCCUUUGUGAAUCGACCACUUACAUUUCCAGCUCAUGAGUAUGUGGUUCAAAAAGUGGACAAUCAUGUAGCACUCCCAUCCAAUGACAUGGUGGAGAUUGUUUCCUUCUCCUUCACACCCAUGUUUCAACCAAGUUAUCAAGGUCGUUUGGUAGUUCAUGAUUUUGAAUUGACUUUUGACAGGAGCCUUGGUUUUGUCAAUAAGGAUGGUCAUUCUGUGGACAUUGAUUCAAAUUCUCUUCAAUGUUUGUACAAACUCAAGGAGAAGGCAGAAUUUACUAUCGUGAGAGGAUCUUCCGUCGUAUUUCCAGAUUGGCAACUCCUUGCAUGUGAUUCAGAAAUGUAUUCUCAUAAUGAUUUCUUUCCUGAAUAUGUGACCGUUGUUGCGAAUCGAAAAACAAACAAUCCUCAACCAUCCAACAGUCAACAUGUGAAUCCCAAACAUUCAUCCAUUCCUCCGAAAAGUGUUUCUUCUCAGAGCAGUCAAUCCACGAGAAGGAUGAUUCAUUGGAUGGUUGCAUGCUGUAUGAUGAUUACUUGUUUUUGGAUGAUCUAG